CGGAGUAAGGGUGCGCGAGUCGGCACGUUAGCGCGAGCUUUCAGUGGUUAGCCUGUAUUUGUAAACAAAGCGUAAACACGCAGACGAGAGCGAAACUGAUGAGCUAGUGUGAAAGAUUAUACUUUGCACACGCAAAGGUCAGCUGGUGGGACGAUUCAGGUCCAGGAAGUGAAAUGUUUUACUUACAGACUUCAAGUCUGGCCCUGCUUAUGCAUCCUCUCAGGUUUAGCACAUGUUGGGUGUAUUGAUUGAAGUAUUGCUGCCACGUUAUCGUUAAUCUCCAAGUUUACGUUAAAUGUAUUAAUUCUUUGUGUGGUGGUGUGUUUGAGUUUGAAAUUGAGUUGAGGAAAUAUUCAAAUCCCCAACUAGUGGAAAAGUCCUCUAACUCAGGCCUGAAAUUCAUAUUUAAAAAGGAAACAGUUGGGGUUUCCGCUUUAAUUGUUUCCUACAGACGAUUUUAUGCACUUGGUAAGAUCAGGGCUGGACACGCACAGUGAACAUACACGGAGCAAAGUAAUACUUAAAAAAAUGUCACAGUCCAUAUAUUCUGUGGUCAGAAGUUCACACCCACCCAUGAAUGUCAUGAUAAUUUUAGGCGUUUGAUGAUUUCUUUGAACUGUGGAAUCUUUGCACCGCUUACAUCUUUAAUGGCUUUAAAAAACGAGAAUUGGGUGCACAAUUUGGAUUAGCAAGCUUCCUCAUAAUUCAGGAUGGAUAUCCUCUUGGCAGAAUUGGUCGUUUCUUUGAACUCGAGAAAGGCCUUAAGAAGACCAGAAGCUCAGUGUUCACCUGCUUUAUCUCAUAAAAAGCAGCUCUUGUCCUGCUGGAACACCUGACUGUCUAUGUUUCAACCACCUAGAUGUUUAUUUAAGGUGAAGAUUUUUGAGGUAGUUCUCUUCUUCUUUAUUCCUUAAUGUGUAAUGUUACUAGUACCACUCACAGCUAAACAGCCCCAGGGUGUGAUGCUACCACCGUACAGUUGCUCUGUGUUCUUAGGUUUGAGUGGUUUUCUUUUUUGCUGAGAGAAGUUCAGGAGUUCACACUAUUUUAUUAUCAGGCAGUUAAAGGUUUGGGUUGCACAGCUGUGGACGUCUCAGUCUGCUUACAGAGAAGAAUUUAUUAGACGCAUGAAAACAGAACAUAUUUGUGUUUGGUUAUUGAUGGGGAGAUGCUGUGGUUUAGACUUAGUGCUUGCUGAUUUGUUCUCCUCGUCGUCCAUCCACUUGGCCACAGCGGAAUUAACCUCAAGUCAGGGAUCUUGUCCUGUAUAAGAAAACCCAUCCCCACCUUAUAAAUGUUACCAGAGAUAUUUUAUCUUCAUGCUGACGUCAGCUUUAAGUGACACAAUGAAGUCUUUAUUUCUGUUUGACACACAAGGCCAAGCAGCCGUCUCGUCUGAAACCGUUCUGUAGCAGUUUACCUUCAACACCCAACUCUAUCUAACCCUUCACAACGUGGGGUUAGUGCUUCUAUCUUUUUAAUGAGAAGUGUAUCAACUCUAUUAUGAGCAUAUAUUGCAAUUAAUGUUAAAAAAAAAGCCUCCUCUCAUUGAGGCCAAAACAUUUUGUGUUGUCUGAAAAUAAAAUUCUCCAGAAGGUAUUUGGCUUGUCCAUGUGGACAUCUGUAGAUUUCAGAUCAGCUUGAAGGAGUUUGAUUUGGAGGCUUAUUUCUUCUUUCUCACCCUCUCAGUCCAUGGUGAUAUAAAACUGGUUUCACUGGUGUUGUUUCCAGCUCUUGGUGGUUCCCAAACAUCCUAACUGAGAACAUCAUCUGAGGGUCACAUCAUGGGGCUUCUAGACCAAAAGUGUUUGAACUGAUGAUCUUUGAAUCUGCAUUUGUUUAGAAAUGAGAUCUUUCCACCCUUUCCCUCAGGAUGAAUAAAGUAUUAUCAAUCAAUCAAUCAAUAAAAGAUUAAGGUAGUGUGUGUAUGUUUGACCCUGUGUGGAGAGAGUCCAAAAUGAAUUCAAACUUGUGCAUCCAGUUCUUGUUUUAUUUAAGUUAUUAAAGAUGGAUGUACGGUCAUUUCACCCUGGAGAAAGAGUGGAUUCAAUAAUUCAUUAAAAACCCCAAACGACCAUCACAUUCAUGCUAAUGAGUGUUUGUAAUCUUCUGACUACAACGUAUGUCACAGCUGUGUGGGGUUACUACAGGCUGAAGAACAGCUCGAAUCAACAUCUGUUCAUUUACUCGCACUCUUACCCACAUUUACCUCCUUAAAUGAAACACGGUAAAGUGUGUGAAGCAGCUGCUGUGGUCUAAAUGGUCUGCUUGUCUUUCAGUGUUUGAUUCCUGUUGUGCGACCAAGCUCUGAAACAACAGGAUGCCGGGAAAAAACGGCGACCAGUUCAAACCCGGAGACCUGGUGUUCGCCAAGAUGAAGGGCUUCCCUCACUGGCCGGCGAGGAUCUGUAAGUCGGACGAGGGGUACAAGAAGCGAGUCCCCGUCUUCUUUUUCGGCACCCAUCAGAUAGGCUUCCUGCCGCCGGAGAACAUCGUCCCUUAUGUGGGAAACAAGACGAAGUAUGGCAGCGGCGUUCGCAUCAAAGGCUUCACCGAGGGCAUGUGGGAGAUCCAGAACACGCCUGGAGUCGGGAGUAAACUCAAAGUACCGGGGAAGACAAACACAGAAAGUACACCAGCAAAACCGGCUUCUGCAACCAAAGCUACUCCAGCUAAACCAACCCCAGCACCUAAAGCUACACCUGCCAAAUCACCCAAGGCUACACCUGCCAAGCCCGCACCAGCGACCAAAUCUACACCCUCUAAACCGACGUCUGCUGCUAAAAGUCCAACUCCAAGCGCUGUCACUAAAUCUUCCCCCAGCAGAUCCGAGUCGGCCAGUAAAGCGGCCGCCGACAGGCGGCGCACAGGAGGCGAAAAGGAAGCUGCUGUUAAAACUCCCACACGAGUUUCAUCAAGAUUGGCUGCAGAGCAAAGUGAGGAGUCCAAGCAGGCUUCCACCCCUGCUGCAGACACUGCAGAGACCAUUGCGACUGCUCGAACCAGAAGGUCGGCAAGCGGCGGUCCAUCUGCAGGAGGGAGUGCAGGUGAACGCACCGCCUUGGCCAAGACAGACAAAGAGACAGGAGCGGUCAAAGCUUCAGUGGGUGAAACCACAGCGAGUAAAGAAAAGGCUAAAAGCACAACUGAAGCAGAACCCAGACAGGCUGAAGCCUCCAAAGAAGCUGCAAGUGAGGUGACGACCAGGAGCCGAGCAGAAGAGCCGAAGCUGAACACACAUGGAGUGAUGCUGCCCAUUCUUUUGAAUAAAGUUUCAUGUUUUCCUCGUCUCCGUCAGAUCAAUGUGAAGCUGCAGAAGAUGGAACCUGCUCUGAUGACGACCGGUGGAAGGAGGGAGGAGAAGGAGGAGGAGGAAAAGAAAGAGAGCAGAGACUUCAAGCGCCGAAAUGAAGAGAAGGUGGAGAAGAAGGAGGAGGAAAAGGAAGACAGCAGAAAAGUAAAGCGCCGAAAUGAAGAGAAGGUGGAGAAGAAGGAGGAGGAAAAGGAAGACAGCAGAAGAGUAAGGACAAGGAGAGAUGAGAGGGAGGAGCAGAAGAAAGAGGGCCGAGGAGUGAAGAGGAGGAAGGAGGAGGAGGACCAGAAGAAGGUGGAUGAGGGGAAGGAGAAGGAAGAUGACAAAGGAGUCAAGAAGAGAAGAGAGAAGAAAAACGAUGAGGAGGUGGUCCAGAGGAAAACGAAUGAGAAAGAGGAAGGAGAAAAAGAAGAGGUCCGAGGAGUCAAGAGGAAGAGCGAAGGGGAGGUGCAGAAGGAAAGUCAGGACAGCAGCGAGGAAAAGGCAACGAUGGAGAGACGAUCAUCAAAAAGACACAAGGAACAGGAAAAGGGAACAGAGGAGGAAGGAGUAAAGACGAGUCCAGCUGAGAAGGAGGAGGAGGAGAGUAAGAAAGAGGAGAAGCAGAAGAGAGACAGGAGCACAGAGGGCAAAGAAACAAGGAGGAUGAAAGAAAAAGAGGUGGAGAAGAAAGCGAGGAAGGAUAUUUCAGAGGAAAAGAAAGAUGUGAAGAGUAAGGAGGUGGAGGAAGAGGGGGAGAAGAGGAGAGACAGGAGGCUGGAGGCCAGAGAAAUGAGAAGGACGAAAGAUAAGGAGGAGCAGCAGAAAACGAGAAAUGACACAUCAGAAGAAAAAAAUUUAAGAACAGAGGAGGAGGAGAAGGUGGUUGAAAAGGAGAAAAUAAGUAGGGACACCAGUGAGGCCCGAGAAACGAGGAGGACAAGAGAAAAGGAGGCGCUUCGGAAGAUGAGGACGGGUGCUUCACAGAAAAGGAAAGAUUUAGGAAGAGAAAAGGCGGCGAAGAAGUUGGAAGAGGAGAAGACAAGGAGAGAAAGGAGCACAGAGGCCCGAGAAACGAGGAAAACGAGAGAAAAGGAGGUGCAGCAGAAAACGAGAAACGAUCAUUCAGAAGAAAAAGAUUUAGGAAGAGAGAAGGAGGAGCAGAAGGUGGAAGAGGAGACGACAAGGAAAGACACCAGCCCGGAGCCCAAUGAAAUGAGGAGGACGAGAGAAAAGGAGGCACUUCAGAAGAUGAGGAAGGAUGAUUCAGAUGAAAGGAAACAGUCAAGAAGAGAGAAGGAGGUGAAGAAGGCGCAGCAGAAGGCGAGGAAGGAUGUUAUAGAAGCAAAGAAAGAUUUAAGAAGAGAAGAGGAGCAGAAGAAAAAGGUGGAAGAGGAGAAGAGGGAGAGGAGAUCUGAGGGAGAGAAGCAGAAGGAGAAAACUGAGAGGGAGAAAAGAGGAGGUGCUGCUCCAGACGAUGAGCGACAGCGCCACCUGGCCGCCAAGAGGGAGAGCGUGUUAAAGUCUCUGAGGGGUCUGCUGAAGGCCGGGAGAGGAGGGAGGAGGAGGGAGGCAACGAGGAGCGCUCUGAGAGGCGGCGACGGAGCGAAGAGGAGGAGGACAGGAAGCCCGACAAGGUCAGAGUGGAGGAGUGCGAAGGAGUCAGCCGCAGCCAAGAAAACAUCAGAGAAGAAGGAGGAAGGAGCCAAGAAGGGGAACGGCAGGACAUCGCAGAAGAUGCAGGUAGAAGAAAAGUUGGAGAAAAGUCGAGAUGUGGAGCUGAAGACAAAGGAAAAGGAGGAGGAGAAGAAGACUGAUGAAGAAAAGAAGGAGGAGAGAAAAAUAAUUGGAAAGAUCGUCAAGGCAACAGCCGGGCAGGGUCCGAAGGUCCAGGUGAAGACGAUGAUGGGAGGAAUGACCGUGAGGGAAGACGAGAAGGUGGGAGGAACAUCUGCAAAGGAGGGGGAGAAGAAGAAAGAGGAGAAGGUGGAAAAGAAAAGAAGUUUGGAGAAGGAGAAAAAGAAGGGCGCUGACGAAAAAGAGAAGUCGGAUGAUGGGAGCUCGAAGAAAAGCAUCGAGGUCCAGAUGAAAUCUGAAAGAACUCAAGCGGAGGAGAAAAAAGCCAAGAGCGUGACGGAGGCUGCGAAGAAAAACGAGGAGCGCAAGGAGGAGGGGGAAGCAGCAGCAAGAAGAAAAGAACAGGAGGGUGAAGAAAAGAAGAAGGACGAGGCGGAGAAACCAAAAAAGGCGGAAAAUGCAGAAAAACACGAAACGCAAAAAACAACGGGCGAGAAGAAAUGCGAAGGCGCGGAGCCGGGCGGGCAGAGGAAGACCGGCGAGGAGAAGGAAAGUGACGGAGCGAGCCGACCCGAGACGUCAGCAGCAGUGGAGAAGAGCGCUGGAGGAGAAGGUAACCCGGUAAAGGAGCAGCAGAAGAAGCGCUCGAUGGUGACGCUGACGGACUCGACGCUGCACCGGAUCCACGGAGACAUCCGGAUCUCUCUGAAGAACGACAAUCCCGACAUCAGCAAGUGUCUGGCGGCGCUGAAUCAGCUCAGUAUGGUUUAUGUGACGUCUCAACACGUCCAGAGGCACAGCGAGCUCGUCGCCACGCUCAGGAAGAUGCGUUACUACCGGGCGAACCAGGACAUCAUGGACAAGGCGUCGAUGCUCUAUAACCGCUUCAAGAACGCCUUCCUGGUGGGGGAGGGGGAGGAGGUGGUGAGCGCCGCCUUCCUGCGCUCGCUGCUGGAGGAGAAGGAGGAGGAGGAGGCGCAGAGGGUGGAGCGCUGUAUGGAGAAGGUGAGGAAGGAGGGGCUGCUGCACGAGGCGAAGAGAAGUAUGGGGCAGGUGAACAAGAAGAGGAAUAACGGAGGAGAAGAUGGAGAGGAGAAAGCUGAAGCUCCAGUGGACUCCUCCUGACGGCUCAUCAUCACUGGAAGCAGCCUGGACCGGACCAACUGCUACUGGGGGGAGCAACACAGACACACAAUAGGAUUUUCCAAAACCACUUACCUCAUUGGGCAGUAGCGUGCUUACCUGUUUAACUUCUCGCAGUGUGGACUGUCACACCUUAGCAGGUGUGCUGUUCUUACCCCACAGCUUGUUGUGCUAAGGCCACCUUAUUAAGUUAUUAAGCGCUUUGGAGCAGCUGAUUUUAUUUUAACUGGAUGUUUGUCUUUUUUCCACUUUAAUGUAAUGAGCGUUAAACUGACGGCGAGAGCAUUACACACCUAAGCAUUAAUGUGUACCUGCUGUUUAAGCUGACGUCCUGUUGCUGUGACAUUUAGAGGCGAGAUUUUCCUGCACCUGACACAGUUCUGACUCUGUCAUCUCUUAUGAAGUUUUUUGUCAUCGCCGUCACUGGGGCUGAUAUUUUUUCUUUCUUUUUUUAAACUGAAGCAUUAAACCUUGAGAUGCACGAGGCCUACAGACAGUUCUGGCCGUUUUAAUUUUUGGUUUUUUUGUGAUUCAAUGAUGUGUUUUUAUUCCUAUUAGCAGUUUUAUUCCUGUUAUCUUGGUCUUCAUGUAAAUAUGUAUUUUUUUUAUUUCACAAAUAAGAAUUUUACAAACUUAAAGAGUCUCAAGUCUGAUUAUUAUUAUUUUACCCACAUACACUCAGCGACCACUUUAUUAGGUACACCUUGGUAGUGACAGGCUGCGUAUCCAUGGUGUGAAUCUCCUGUUCCUCCACAUCCCUAAGCUGCUCUGCUGCAGUGAGAUCUGGUGAUUGUGGAGGCCAUUUGAGGACAGUGAACUCAUCGUCAUGUAGGCAGUGUGUCAUGUUGCCAUCAUAAAGGCCCGGACAAUAAUUGGGCAGGCUGUUUAAACAAGGCUCAGUUGGCACUCUCACACCAGCCACAGCUUGAACCCCAGUCUGAACUCAACCAUGUCGAGCAUGUCGACGCUACAAUACAGUUGGCUGAUUUGAUACUUGCAUUAACAUGCAGAGGAGCCUGUGCCUAAUAACGUGGCCAUUUUAAAUUUAUAGUUAAUAUAAUUUAUAUAUGACACACAGAAGAAAAGGGAUUUGCUUUGAAUCAAAACAGGUUGAACUUCUGC